AUGACAAUGAAACCCGAAAUGGAUGAACUUGUUCCCGUUCCGGACUCGCUCAUGCAUUGCUUUCAGUUGGAGUCUUAUUUACGUAACAUGAGGAGUCAUAUUAGCCGCCGCCUCAAUGAAUUGCAGCAAAGUGUGAACAUUGUGUGGGACGAGGUGAGAAGGAAUGCAACUCCAUGUUCAGAUGGACAUCAGCUGCGAAGCGCCACAUCACAACCGCGAAGUUUUCCAAGUAGAACUCAACGUGAUGUUGAACAGACGACACCGACACCAGUACUGAACAGAACCUCCUCCGCUCUGACAAGUAGCGCUUGUUCACUCCCCCAAACAGAUAAUAGAAUGUUGCCAACGGAACAAUUCUCAUGGGAUACAAGCGGUACAAAUGUUAUGUCUACUUUUGGACGCGAAUACGGCGAUGAUGCGCGGGAUGAAAGUGCAUUAGAUUCGCAAACUUCAGUGAGUGAGCGACCAGGGACUAAAGCCAGUACUAUAGCAGCCUCUGAGGGUAGCAUGGAUACAGCACAAGUUGUCGAUGAAAUGAUUAAAAAUGCCGUUGACAUGCUACAGAAUACUUCGGACAUGCUCAGAAACAACGAGGAGAUUCUCAAAAAAGCUGGAGAGAUGCCAAAAAGCACUGAGGAGACACUAAAGAUGAACGAAGAAGUGCUGAAGAAAGAUGAAGAGGUGCUGAAGCAAAAUGUGGAUGUGCUCACCUCGUACGAAGAGACACCGAGGGAUAAGGAGGAAAUACUGAAAAGCGGUGUAGAAAUGCUGAAGUGUAAUGUGGAUAUGCUAAAAAGUAACCUGAGCAUGCUUCGGCAUAAUGCGGAUAUGUUAACCAACGUGGAAGAAACUCUCAGAGGAAGAGAUGAGGUCCCAAAUGACGACAAGAAGGAAGAGGAAGAAAGUUUAGUUGUUGAAGAAACCCCGAAGCAGCAGAAGGAUGACGGCGACGACGUUCCAAAAAUCCAUGAGGAAAGGCUGACACCCGAAGUAGGUAUGAUCAAAUAUUUUCAUCAAGAUACGGAUGCGCGUAGAAGUAGUGAUGGCUCCCUUAGAAGCAGCGAGGGUAUUGGAAAAGGAAGAAGGGCAAUAAAGAAAGAUAGAAGUGUAGUGGUGGGAAAGCGACUCUGCAAGGGGCUGAAGGAUCUACCGGUGAGAAUUGGGGCAGCACACAAGCAAACUGUGGAGUUUCCACAGAAGGAUGGAAGUUCAUUAGAUAUGGAAGGGGAGGGGUCCGGAAAAGUCGAGGAGGUGCCGAAGGAAACAGAUGAAGAUGAAGAUGAAGAUGACAAAGAGCCAAAAGAGGUUGCCUUCAAGGAAACUGUUGAUGUCCUAAAGGUCAGUGAGGACGUACCGGAAGAUAAAGAUGAUGUGAAGCCAGCGACAGUUGAAGCAGACAUAACUAGAGAAGGUGCUGAGGAGACGAAACAAAGUGAAGACAUCCCCAAGGGAAAUGCACGAGAGGACUCGGAGGAGGACAAAAAAACUUAUCCAUUACGUGAGGAAGUGCUGGAGGAUGCCGGAAAUAAGGGGAUCACAGUCAAUGACGCUGUCGGUGGGAGCAAAAGUUUGCUUGAGAUCGACGAGGAGAGGUUCAGGAGAAACGAGGAAAUGCACCAAAAGAACGAGAAAUUGCACCAGAAGAACGAGGAAAUGCAACAGAAAAAUGAGGAGAUGCAGCGGAAGAAUGAGGAUAUGCAGCGGAAGAAUGAGGAUAUGCUGAGGCGGAACGAAGAAAUCCUUCAGCGAAAUGAAGAAAUGCUGCGCAGAAAUGAGGAACUACUCAAGAAGAAAAUGAGAGCAUUAAAAAAUCGUGAGAUGAGGAAAGCAACGGAGAUUCAAAAGGUCAUUAAGGCCCCGCGAGGCGACUACAAAACCACACGACUUCGGCAGUCACCACAUCCGCCGCGGGCCACCAGCCGUCUGUCAUCUACCGGGGAAAUUGAAGGAAGGGUAGGACGCGAGGAUCCCACUAUGAUUUUUCCCUCACCUCCCCGGGCCCGGAGUGUAGAAACCGCAGCAAUUCUCGUGGACAUGCGCAAGAUGCUUCGCGAGGAAAUCGCGGUUAGUUUGGAUGAAGCGUGUUCAACCAUAACAACAAAGGCUAGAGAAGCAGCAGCCUCCGUAAGGCAAGAAAUCCUUACGGAACUACGUGACGGUUGCGGUGAGGCGUCGACAGCCACGUAUUCGGUGGUACGUCCGGGAAGCACACCGAAAUUCGCAGCGGAUGAGGGGGAAGGGCAGCAGGCCUUCGCUACGGAGUCUGAGACAAUGCAACAGGAAUUCCACAGCACGCAGGAGACGGCAUUGGAGAAAAAACUGAUGGAGCAUAUCUACGAUUUACAGGAGAGGUUGGCAUUGUACGAGGCGGAGCGCACGGAGUUUCGUAACAUUAUCCGCGUUCUCGUCCAAGCGCAUACGAAGAACAGCGGCUCUCCAAAUGCAGCACUGGAUUGUACCGCGGCUUCGAGUGGACCGGAGCCACCGUCAUUUGUCACGGAGGUGGCGGCUGUAGAUCCACGGAAGUUGUACAAAUUAAAGAAUGAACCGAUUUCCCUAAGUUCUCAAAUACCGACGCUGCACCAUCCUUUACGGUGUGACAGAGUUUCGACAGGGACCGAAACAACGUUGGGGUCGCGGCUGAUGCGUCAGAAACUACAGGCAGACACGCACGAUCAACAACCCUGGUCUCAGCGUGGUCUCGGGUUAAGUCGCGCAGAAACGGGAAGAGGAAUCCAAAACAAUCUCAGGCAAGGGCCCAGUAGGGUACAGGGUGGCUUACCAAAACUUAAAAAUAAUGUAGUGGAGACUGAAACGGUUCGUUAUAAUACUUCGUUGGAUUACACACCUAGCAGAUAUAACCGGCGUCAGGUGGAGUCCUUUCCACCACUCCCCUACGAAAGAACUCGGCCGAGUGGUACACACACGGGGAGCUGA